AUGGCUGAAUCUCACAGACUAUACGUUAAAGGUAAGCAUCUAUCUUACCAAAGAUCCAAGAGUGUCAACAACCCAAAUGUCUCUUUGAUUCAAAUUGAAAACGUUGGUACUCCACAAGACGCUCAAUUCUACUUAGGUAAGCGUAUUGCCUACGUUUACAGAGCCUCCAAGGAAAUUAGAGGUUCUAAGAUUAGAGUCAUGUGGGGUAAGGUUACCAGAACUCACGGUAACUCUGGUAUUGUUAGAGCUAAGUUCAGAAACAACUUGCCAGCCAAGACCUUCGGUGCUUCUGUUAGAAUCUUCCUAUAUCCAUCUAACAUUUAA